GUUGUAUUAAGUUUUACACUAGAGGUUUAGCAUAAUUUUAAUGCAGUGAUGGGUCGCUCGCUGUAAUUUGACUAGAGAUAAGUUGGAAAUGACGGAAACUACAAUGAGAAGACCUGAUUGGCAGUGCAAGAUUGUAUUGAUUGGGGAUGCAGGAGUCGGGAAGACGUGUAUUUUACGGAGAUAUACGGAAAACGCCUUUUCUCCCAGCUUUGUAGCCACUAUCGGAAUUGAUUUCAAAAUGAAAAUGGCAGAGAUAGGCGAACACUUGAUCAAACUCCAAAUAUGGGACACGGCUGGACAAGAAAAAUUCCGAUCAAUAACAACUGCCUAUUAUCGAGGGGCGAAGGGAAUUUGUAUCGUUUAUGACAUCACAGAUACAAAAUCAUUUGAGCGCGUAAAUAUGUGGGUGAAAAAUAUACGAAGGUGGGCUGGAGAUGAGACAGAAUGCAUGAUUUUGGGAAAUAAAUGUGACCAAGAAGAUCUUCGGCAAGUUACCAAGAGAGAUGGAGAAAAUAUUGCUCGAGAAUACAAUAUGUCAUUCAUGGAAACAAGUGCAAAAAACGACAUUAAUGUAGACGAAGCAUUUCAUCAUAUUCUUGAAAAAAUUGUUGAAAAGAACAAAGACAAUCUAAAGGCCACCCAUCAGAAAACCAGAGUACGAAGAAAUCAAAUUGAACGAACCAAGCUUAGAACCACCUGCUACUGCGAAAAAAUGUUGCUGAUUGCAGCAAAGAUUGACUUGCUUGUAAAAAUAUUCUCCUUUGAUAGUUUAAACAUGAAUUGAUUAAUCUACCCGCAGCUCUGUUCUGUCAAAACAAUAGACAGAUGUUUCAUCAUUAGUACGAAUUAGAAAAUAAUAAUUCGACGAUUACCCUUGUCUUGCCAUAGUGUGACAUCAAAGAAAAUUUAUUCAAUUCAAAAUGAGAAUUGUAGUUCAAAAGCAAGCUAUCAAACGAGUGGUACCUUUGUAAAAUUUUCAAUUUUAAAAUUUACCUUUUAUGUUCCACCGAAUCGAAUCAUUUGUUAUAUAUUUUGUAAUAAACCUUGAUCAAAGUGACACCAUACGAAUUUGAUUGUGGUUAGACUGCAAAACGCUACUAAUGAAAUUUGGUUAAUUGAAUUAUCCACAGGUCCAUCGCGACAUUUAAACAUAGAUAAGAUAGUCAGUCUGCCGUACUUGUUUUGCAAAAAAUAUCCAUUUUUCAGUAGUUUUAAGGAACCGAG